AUGGCAGACCGUCAGAAACGGGUGAAGGAGCUUACGGAGCACAUCUACCAUGGUCUGGACCUAGAUUUCGUUCGGAAAACCGGUUCUUUGUUUGCUACCUCUACUUUGCGACACGCAGCCACUCGACAACAAUUCUCCUUCAUGAAGGAUUUUCGGCGUCAAUAUGACGGUCGCCUCCUGACCGAGCGAGUCACCACCCAUGUUUGCACCCAGCUUCUUGACGACUACCAACUGGAGAUCCCGACAACUCCGGGGCACAAUAAACGGUCUUGGAUAAAGGACACCUCCAAGGCGCUAUUGGCCCUACUUCAGAAGGCUAGGAGAUCUUACUGUGCCAUGGACAACAUGGAGACGCAACCAUGGGCCCUGGAGGAAGAUGAGGACUGCAUGUGUGUCUAA